CAUAGAGUUUUUCUUAUUAGGAGGUCAAAUAAUGACAAAAGAAUGGACUUUUGCCAAGGCAAACGAAAUCUUCGCCCUGCCGUUUCCUGAAUUAAUUUAUGCGGCACAAACAGAACAUAGGAAAUAUUUUAACUCUAAUGAGAUACAAGUUAGCACACUUCUAAGUAUUAAAACAGGUAGUUGCCCUGAAAACUGUUCUUAUUGCCCACAAUCCGCGCACUAUGAUACUGGACUACAAAAAGAAUCCCUAUCAAAAGUUGCUGAAGUAGUUGAAGCAGCAAAGCGUGCAAAAGAAGCCGGUAGUACUCGUUUCUGUAUGGGUGCAGCUUGGCGUGGACCACGUGAUGAUGACUUAAAAAUUGUUUGCGAGAUGGUCAAGGAAGUAAAAAAGUUAGGCCUUGAAACAUGCGUCACUCUUGGAUUAUUGAAAGACCAUCAAGCUAAUAUGCUGAAAGAAGCUGGGUUGGACUUUUAUAAUCACAAUGUCGACACAUCUGAAGAGUACUAUGACAAAAUUAUCACAACACGUACUUUUAAAGAUCGCUUAGAUACGCUGGAACAUGUACGUAGUGCUGGAAUUAAAGUUUGCUGUGGUGGUAUUCUUGGCAUGGGUGAAACUAAUGAGGACCGAAUAAAAAUGCUAGUUUGCCUCGCCAAUAUGAACGAACCUCCAGAAUCAGUACCAAUUAAUAUGCUAAUAAAAAUUCCUGGCACUCCGCUUGAAAAUGUAGAGAGUAUUGAUCCAUUUGAUUUUGUUCGCACUAUCGCAAUAGCAAGAAUUAUGAUGCCAAAGUCUUAUAUUCGCCUAGCUGCCGGACGAGAAAAAAUGUCAGAUGAACUACAGGCACUUUGCUUUCUUGCUGGUAUUAAUUCUAUUUUCUAUGGUGAAAAACUACUUACAGCACAAAAUCCUGUACCCGAACGGGAUAAUUAUUUAUUCCAGAAACUAGGGCUGCAGAAAUUACAAUGCGUCAAACAUUCUUCCUAAUAGUAAAGAUAUAGUUAAUGUGCAAAUAGCAAUUUAAUAAAAAUAUUGAUAUAAUUUAUUUAUUAUGCAAUGCUAUUAACUUAUAAAUUAAAUGGUAAUAUAAUGAAAGAAUUACAAGAAGAGCUAAAGGAACUGGAAAAUGUAUAUCUAGAAAACAUCGUUUCAACACAGCCAGUAAGUAAGAUAAAAGUAAAUAAAAUCAACCAAAUAUUAAUGAAUUUGAAAGAUUCAUAUAUCUCAAACAUGUUACACUCUGUCUUAUGGAAGAUUUAAUUCUACCAUAAAUUCAGUUAUUUGUCAAUAGAUUCCUGCAAAAGCAUAAAACGAAUAUCUAGCUGCAGUUAAAACACUUCAAGAUAAAAUUGAGCAUUUUCUCACUAACUUCAAAACAAAAUCACUAUCAGAUGCAAGAGGCUUAUCGAAACCAUUAAUUUAACAAUAUGCAAUGCUACUCUUGACCACUGUAACAUUGUCCUUU